CGCGGGCCGUGCGGGCGGUGGGUUGCGCGCUGCGAGCUGCCCUCUGUAUCCGGGGGCCGGGCCGGGGGCUGCAUCCCCCGUAGGGCUGGCGGUGUUUUGUUUGCGGGGGGCUGGUCGUACUCGUGCCGUGUGCGAUUUGUGUUUAUCGGCUCGUUUGAAAGCUGCGCCGCUCUUGGCGAGCUGUAGUUCCUCAAAGGCGUUGCGGGAGGGCGGCGGGUCGGCCGCUUCGACUCCAUCCCAACGCAGGUUAGCUUCUCGCCGGCGUCUCUGAUGCCAGAACAAGGCCCCAGAAUGAACGGUUUCUCUCUGGGCGAGCUGUGCUGGCUGUUCUGCUGCCCGCCGUGCCCCAGCCGCAUCGCUGCCAAGCUGGCCUUCCUGCCCCCGGAGCCCACCUACACCGUGCUGCCCCCCGAGCAGCAGCAGGAGGCUGGGGCGGCCUCUGGGGCUGCCACCCCCACGGGAUCGGGCACCUGCAGCCUGCACCUGAGCGAGCGGGCGGACUGGCAGUACUCGCAGCGGGAACUGGACGCCGUGGAAGUGUUCUUCUCCCGCACGGCUCGAGAUAACAGGCUGGGCUGCAUGUUCGUGCGCUGUGCGCCCACUGGCCGCUACACGCUGCUCUUCUCGCACGGUAAUGCUGUGGACCUGGGCCAGAUGUGCAGCUUCUACAUUGGCCUCGGCUCCCGCAUCAACUGCAAUGUCUUCUCUUACGACUACUCUGGCUAUGGUGUGAGCACCGGCAAGCCCUCUGAGAAAAACCUGUAUGCAGACAUUGAUGCCGCCUGGCAGGCCCUCAGGACAAGGUAUGGCGUUAGUCCUGAGAACAUCAUUCUCUAUGGUCAGAGUAUUGGUACUGUCCCUACAGUAGACCUGGCAUCUCGGUACGAGUGUGCAGCAGUAAUCCUUCAUUCUCCUUUGAUGUCUGGAUUACGGGUAGCAUUUCCUGACACCAGGAAAACCUACUGUUUUGAUGCUUUUCCAAGCAUUGACAAGAUAUCUAAAGUCACCUCUCCUGUGCUGGUGAUCCACGGUACCGAAGAUGAGGUGAUUGAUUUCUCCCACGGCCUGGCGAUGUAUGAGCGAUGUCCACGAGCAGUAGAGCCACUCUGGGUGGAAGGGGCUGGGCAUAACGACAUAGAGCUUUAUGCACAGUAUCUAGAGAGACUAAAACAGUUCAUAUCUCACGAACUUCCCAACUCCUGAAGAAGCCAACCUGAUUUUACCUCAGUUACUGUGAACGGAAGAAAUUACCUGGUUUUGCACAUGCUUUAACUGGAUAGCUGUCAUAGCUUUAUACUAUGAAGAAAUACCCUGUCUUUAGGGUGUUCUAAUCAAACAUCUGAUGAAAUUUGUCUUUUAUAUCUGGAAACUAUUCUACUAAUGCACACAAUAUGGUCAACUACUGUAAUUCCAACAAUUUUUAGCUUCGUUGCCCUGAAAGAAGUGGGGAUACUAGCUGCUUAUGGGGACACUUUUUACCUAGUGCUGUAUUAAUUGAAGAUCGGUUUUCUCUGUCUCACUUCUGAUCGUUUCUAAUUCUGUCCUACGAAGACUUUUUUUUUUCCAAUGUUCUCAGUAUGUGGAACACAACUGUUAUGAGCUACAGCUUGUUCUAAACCAUCGGCCGUGGGUUCAACCUAAGGGAGUACUUUCUUUGUCAAGUUUCUAGCUGUGGUAUUGUAACUGGAAAGGUAUUGUGAUGAAGUCCCCCCCCACCUCCCUUUUAGUGUUCUUUUGUUAACUUACUGAUCUUCCCAAGUAAAUUAUUGAAAUAUACUUUCUCCUGAUGAUAAACAAACUACUAUAUGGGGCUAAACUCUGUAAUGACUUCUCCAUUACUUGUAUAAACGUAACUGGAAUAUUCUCAAAUGAACUACGGACAAAAUUGCUCUUGUUUAAAAAUAAAUGUGUAAAUUUACUACUAGAAGACUCAUUUUAAUAUUCAGAUGGUCUGAAUAAUAGCCAUAACAGACAUUUCCUUCUGUAAAGCAUUCCUGUAGACUUUUUAAAAGUACUGUACAUAUUUGAAUUUACAUUGUGCAUAGAUUCUUAAUUGGUAGUUUUAAGUUAAGUCUAGCUACAAUAAACUGCAAAAUUCCGGUUUGUAUAUGAUUGAAUACAUUUUGUUAAAAUAUGUUUUUAUCCCUAUAUUAUUUUGCUAUUAAAGUUUUAUAAAGUUUCCAGGACAAAAAAAAAAAAAAAGAAAAAAAUUUACACAUUUAUGUUUUGAAGAAUUUAUGUAACUAAAUUUUCAUUGAGCUGAUCUUUUUAGUUCAGGAGUGAUUUGAUUCUCUGACACUGGAAUCGCACAGAUUAUGCAUCAGAAAUGCAAAACACAGUUGUUACACUACUAGCAUAGGUCUAAUUUUUCCAAAUGUUAAGGCCUUAAAUGUACUGUAAGCCUCAGAUUGUUGUACAAAUUGAUCGCGGUUGAUUGCAGUUUGUGUCCUGUUGCUGGAAUGCAACACAGUGAUUGUAAUGGAAUAAAGGAUGCAUGGAUUAGA